CAUCUAAAAUGUUUGCUGCCAAGAUAACUACUAUCCCUAGAGGCCAUGGUUUCAAGCAGGUGGCGACAGACAAGGUUGCAGGAAAGCUGAGUUCUACUCUCUCAUGGGUGAAGAACACUGUAUCGCAUACUGUCAGUCAAAUGGCCAGUCAGGUGGCAAGUCCAUCUGCCUCAUUACACACUACAUCCUCCUCUACCACUCUUUCUACUCCAGCGCUAUCACCAUCCUCACCAACACGGUUGAGUCCAGAUGAUUUAGAAUUAUUGGCUAAACUAGAGGAACAGAACAGACUGUUGGAGACAGACAGCAAAUCUUUGCGUUCAGUAAAUGGGUCAAGAAGAAAUAGUGGCUCCUCCCUUGUAUCUAGUUCAUCAGCUUCUAGCAACCUCAGCCAUCUCGAAGAAGACUCCUGGAUUCUGUGGGGAAGAAUUGUAAAUGAAUGGGAAGAUGUAUACAAAAAGAAAGAAAAGCAAAUUAAGGAGCUUGUUCGAAAAGGGAUACCCCAUCAUUUUAGAGCAAUAGUUUGGCAGCUUUUAUGCAGUGCUCAAAGCAUGCCAAUAAAGGAUCAAUAUUCAGAGCUUUUGAAAAUGACUUCUCCUUGUGAAAAACUGAUAAGAAGGGACAUUGCUAGAACAUAUCCUGAACAUGAUUUUUUUAAAGAAAAAGACAGUCUUGGGCAGGAGGUUUUAUUUAAUGUUAUGAAGGCUUAUUCUUUAGUGGAUCGUGAGGUUGGAUACUGUCAAGGAAGUGCUUUUAUAGUUGGGCUGCUGCUUAUGCAGAUGCCAGAAGAGGAAGCAUUUUGUGUGUUUGUCAAAUUAAUGCAAGAUUAUAGACUUCGAGAACUCUUUAAACCAAGUAUGGCUGAGCUGGGCCUUUGUAUGUACCAGUUUGAAUACAUGAUACAGGAGCAACUACCGGAGCUUUAUGUGCACUUUCAGUCUCAGAGUUUCCAUACUUCUAUGUAUGCCUCAUCAUGGUUUUUAACUAUCUUUCUUACAACUUUUCCACUACCAAUUGCAACAAGAAUAUUUGAUAUCUUUAUGUCUGAGGGUUUAGAAAUAGUAUUUCGAGUAGGUCUAGCAGUUCUUCAGAUGAACCAAGCAGAAUUAAUGCAACUUGACAUGGAAGGGAUGUUACAGCACUUUCAAAAGGUCAUUCCACAUCAGUUUGACAGUGGCCCAGACAAACUAAUCCAAGCAUCUUACCAAGUCAAAUACAAUGCAAAAAAGAUGAAAAAGUUAGAAAAGGAAUACACUACAAUAAAAACUAAAGAAAUGGAAGAACAAGUUGAAAUUAAAAGAUUACGAACAGAAAACAGACUCUUAAAACAGCGCAUUGAAACACUAGAAAAAGAAAGUGCUUCCUUGGCAGAUAGAUUGAUACAGGGACAAGUGACAAGGGCCCAGGAGGCUGAGGAAAACUACCUCAUAAAACGGGAGCUAGCCACCAUCAAACAGCAGAGUGAUGAGUCCAUUACUAAACUGGAGCAAGCUGAGAAUACCAUCAGGGAGCUCCAGCAGCAACAAUGGCAUAAGUGCAGUUCCCGCUACAGUGAAGACUUUGUGCUACAGCUGGAAAAAGAGUUGGUCCAAGCCAGACUAAGUGAAGCGGAAUCCCAUUGUGCUCUGAAGGAGAUGCAAGAUAAGGUUCUAGAAAUGGAAAAGAGGAACAGCUCUUUACCUGAUGAGAAUAAUGUUGCCAGACUCCAAGAAGAACUGAUUGCAGUGAAGUUGAGAGAAGCAGAAGCUUUGAUGGGCCUAAAAGAACUUAGACAGCAAGUUAAGGAUUUGGAGGAACACUGGCAGCGUCAUCUAGCUCGCACUGCUGGAAGAUGGAAAGAUCCAUCCAGAAAGAACACUGUGAAUGAACUGCAAGAUGAAUUGAUGACAAUCCGAUUGAGAGAAGCAGAAAGUCAGGCAGAUCUAAAAGAGAUGAAACAAAGAAUGAUGGAGAUGGAAACACAGAACCACAUCAACAGUAACCAUUUACGGAGGGCAGAGCAAGAGGUCACCAGUCUACAAGGAAAGGUGCAAUAUCUUUCUGCGCAGAACAAAGGGCUUCUUGCUCAGCUGAGUGAAGCAAAACGUAAACAAGCAGAGACUGAGUGCAAGAACAAGGAAGAAGUGAUGGCAGUAAGACUCCGUGAAGCAGACAGCAUAGCAGCUGUGGCAGAACUCCAGCAGCAUAUUGCUGAACUAGAAAUCCAGAAAGAAGAAGGAAAAAUUCAAGGGCAGCUUAAUAACUCUGACUCUAACCAGUAUAUUAGAGAACUGAAAGAUCAGAUAGCAGAGCUGAAUGAUGAGAUCAGAUGCCUAAAAGGCCAGAAAGGCUUCUCAGACCAACCCACUUUUGAUGGGAUUCACAUUGUCAACCAUUUGAUAGGAGAUGAUGAGUCAUUUCAUUCUUCUGAUGAAGAUUUUAUAAGUAACUCCAUACAGGAGGGUAGGGUCCACUUUCAUUUACACAGAAGGACUGGACAGAUGGCUUUGGACCCAACUGUGGUAGAUAGCAGCGACAGUGAUACUGAAGAAGGUGUUCUAGACACUGGGGAUACAGACAAGAUUAUUCCAAAGCAAAAGAACCAGCAAAGAAUGGAAUCCUACUCCACUACUGUGUGAUCAUCACUGUGACUAGCAUCUAAGACUUCAGAUUUCUUUUAAUGACUAAAAAUGCCCAGCUCUUGGAUUAGAUUGCUAUUGUGGCUUGUCUGACACAUUUUAUAUACAAUAUAUGUAUAUAUGUAUACACACACUUUACUGUUUGCCUUCUACCUUUGCCAAAUCUUCAUCACUGACAUACCAUAGAGUAGAUUGGGAAGAAGUUGAUGGAUGACCGUUCUAACAGUAUUACUGAAUGUUCCUUGUUUUAGAAAAUGCAAAUAUAUAAUUUCUUUAAAUGCAUAACCAUUUUGCCAUUCAUAAACUUGGGAAAUCUUUUCUUCAAAAGAAACUGCUCUUGUGCAAUAUUUUAUACUUCAUGAACUAAUGUGUUCUUUUUACAUUGUUAUCCAUUUGUGAUCAAGAUGGACGUUAGCAGACUGGCUGAUCCUGGGUGUAUACCUGAUUAUUUUUUGUUGUUUGACCGUUUCGUUUUAAUUAAAAAUAACUAUUAUUGGAGACCCUUAAAAGGCUCCAAACACAAGCCUUUAUUUCUUCUGUUUUUAAAUACAAAUUAAUGGUCACAAAUGUCAAAAAGGAUUUUUUAAAUCAUUGACUUUUAAUUUUUGUGCAUCUGCUAUUGAUGUGUUGCUAAUAAAAAACCUGGUCAAAAUAUGUUAACUACAAUAAUGUUUAUCUUGUACAUGUUUAUCUCUCUCUGCAGCAAACUGAAAAUGUACAUUACACAUUUUAUAUGAGGAAUGUAAAUGUUACAAAAUGACGACUACUUUGGCAUUCUAACAGGAAAAUGAAUUCUGUACAGACAUACUGAUAGUGAGUUACAAAAUAGAGGCAAAACACUAAUCUUAGAUUUAAUCUCUGUUUAGCUAUUGACACUAGCAGGUUCAUGACCAACUAAAAUGCUUGUUCAAAAACAGACUAAACUUUUAACUUCAUAUUAUAACUAUAAUAAAUUUUUCAUGAUUUAA